CACAGUCACAAACGUUUCGCGUUAAGACAUACGUUACGUUUAAUUCGAUCUAAGUUUUAAAAAUGAUUUGUGUUGUUUUGGUAAAGUUUCUGUUUAUUCUGAUUAUGUUACAAAAUUGCGAGUGUGAUACGCAACCAAAUAAGUGUGGGAAUAUGAAUCCUAUAGUCGCAGUAAAAGAAGGUAAAUUGAGAGGUACAGUUGCUACGCUAAUCGAUGGAUCUACAUACUACAGUUUUAAAGGUAUUCCAUAUGCCAAAGCACCUACUGGAGAGCGAAGAUUUCAGGCUCCACUUCCUCCCGAACCUUGGGAAGGAAUUCGUGACGCAAUUGAUCACGGUCCUGUUUGCCCACAAUUCGAUAACCCUGAUCUUAUAGAAGGCAGCGAAGAUUGUUUAUUUGUCAAUGUGUACACGAAGUGUAUUGACCCUAAGGCUAACAUCCCAGUUAUGGUCUACAUUCACGGUGGUAGCUACAGUUCUGGUUCGGGAAAUAACGAUACUUAUAAUCCAGAUUUUUUGAUACAACACGAUGUAAUCUUGGUGACGAUAAACUAUCGAUUAGAGUUGUUGGGAUUUUUAUGUCUGGAUAUUCCUGAGGUUCCAGGUAAUGCUGGUAUGAAAGACCAAGUGUUCGCUUUACGCUGGGUAAAGGAUAACAUAGAGCAGUUCGGUGGAAAUCCAAAUAGUAUUACAAUCUUUGGAGAAAGUUCUGGUGCGAGUUCUGUUACUUACCACAUGCUAUCUCCUAUGUCUAAAGGAUUGUUUCACAGAGUGAUUGCUCAAAGCGGAACCGCGAUACAUGAUUGGACAAUCGGCAGAGAUUCCAAAGAAAGAGCGUUUAAAGCCGGUAGAGUUUUAGGGAAAAAUACAAGAAACACCAAAGAAUUGUUAGACUUCUUCCGGAGCUUGAAACCAAUACAGCUAACCAAUCUCACGGAAAGAACAUUAUCUUACGACGAGAGAUAUAGAGGAUUGCAAGAAACGUUUGUUCCGGUAAUUGAAACUAAAUUUAAAGGUGUAGAAGCAUUUUUAGAUCGAAGUCCAGUUGAAAUGCUCGCAAAAGGAAAGGUGGAAACCAAGGUACCACUAAUGAUUGGUUAUAAUUCUGCAGAGGGUUUGAUAAUUGUUGACGAUAGGGUAAAUAACAUUGAGGUUUAUAACGAAAAUCCUUCUUUGUUCAUUCCAAAAGAAAUAGAAGAGAUGGUGUCUGAAGAAUCUUUAAAAGAAUUUGGUAACAGAGCAAAAAGUUUCUACUUCGGACUCAAUAACAUAACAAAAGAUGAACCACAAACAAUAGAAAUGAUUAACAGCGAUAUAUUUUUCAUUUAUAACACGCAUAGGUUUGUUCACUUAUAUAGUUCAACCAAUCAACCCAUACACAUGUACAGAUUUAAUUACGAUACAGAGCUUAAUAUAAAUAAAAUAUAUUCAAAAUAUAAUUUUUUGAAAGGCGCAUGCCAUGCUGAUGACCUAUUUUACAUCUUCUACAAUUCUUUCAACAAGAAAGCUUAUGAAAACCAAGAGAGGUUAAGAAAAAUAGUUUUUGACAUAACCGCAUUAUGGACCAAUUUCGCUAAAACCGGUAAUCCGACACCUGAUAACAGUUGGCAGUCAUUUACGCUGGAAGGUAAAGAAUAUUUGAAAUUAGAAGGAAAUAGAAGUAUGGGAAAUUUCGCGGAGAAGGACCGAGUGAAAUUCUGGAAUCAGAUUUACAAAGAAGCUAAUCUUCCCUACAUUAUUAAUACUGAUUAAAUUUAAGAUAUACAAAAAAAAUCUUAUUGAAUUAUAUUUCUAUUUUACCAUAA